CCGCCGCCAAAACUCCCUACGGUAGACGAGGUUAGGAAGGCAAUACCACCACAUUGCUUUGAGAAGAAUCUUGUCAAGUCCAUCAGCUACCUCGUGCAGGAUUUGCUGAUUCUUGCCGGCCUCUACUUGAUCUUACCCUACGUAGAACAGUAUUUAGGUUGGAUAGGAUACCUUGCUUGGUGUUGGGCAUUUGGAAUAUGUGGCAGUGCCCUAUUCGUGGUUGGUCACGACUGUGGACAUGGCUCAUUCUCAGAGUAUGAAUGGGUUAACGAUCUCUGUGGGCAUAUUGCUCAUGCACCAAUCCUUGCACCAUUCUGGCCAUGGCAAAAGAGCCAUCGACAACAUCAUCAGGUCAGC